AUGGAGGAAGUAAGUGAGAGCUUCAAGAUGGCUCUCGAACUGAAAUCUGCUGAAACAGCCGACCUGCGUCGUAAGACAAUGCAAUUGGAAGAAGAGACUAUUGAGGAUCUGAAAGUCGAAGUGGCACAGUUGCGGCACCGAAAGGAGGACUUGGAGGCCCUCUUGGAGUUGCGUGGCGAAGGCGAAAAACUACUAAACGGCCGUUGUCUGACCUUACUCCACAACCUGAAAAAGGAAAUAGAGGAAAGAAAGAAACUGAAGAUUGACUGUGAGGCUCUCCGGUUCAAAUGGCUUGACGCGUACCACAAAAUCGAACUCCAGAACGCAGCAGAUGCUAGUGACGACGAGUGUCGGAAGGAUGGGUAUGGCUUGAAGGACACCGUUAUUUUCAGCAUAACACCUAAACUUUGGUAUAAUUUCCUGCUUAACUUUCCAGAUCUGUUUACUCUGGCCAUCGAGGGAAGAGCCCCUGUGCGCCCACCAGCACACGCAGUUCACGGCCGAUCUCGGAGCCUCGGUGUGCAUGUGUCGAUGCGCGUG